UCUAAUCUUACUCCAAAGUUUCGAUUGUUUUGAUGACUCCGUAAUUGGAAAGUUAUUGGACUCCAACUCGUACAGUUUUUACAAGAGAUGCCAACAAUAAUCGAAAAUGACAUGGAAAGGACACGAAACCCCGAGGCCCCAUCAGAGCCCACGUACGAGCCCACUUACGAGCCGAUGGACACCAGUGAAGAGCCCUCAAUGCAAUCAGAAGCAGACCAGCUCCCGGUGUCCCAGCCGAUCAACUCAGACGCCUUCAUCAUGGCAGUCGACGUCACCUACGAGCCCACACCCCUCCCCGCCCUGUCUAGUUCACUGAUUCCAUCCUCAACGAAUGCCUCCGAAGACGUGACUCACGCCAUGUCCCGAUCGUCCACAAACUCCCUCGCCUUCAACUCACUCUCAGAAGGCCCAUUGGACCCUCAAGCCCCUCGAGAGAGCAUCUACGAGCCUCGAAACAUCUACGAGUUGAGUGACAGUGCCUACGAACCAGAAGAGCACGUGUACAUCCCCAGGGAAGCUGGCUAUUGCUCACCAGAACCCAGAGACGCGCCAUUAUACAGCCCAAGCGAAGUCCAAGAAGUGCCUGAACUGGAGCCCAGCCCAGGCCCAAGCAGACUGAAUCCUCAGCUACCCACACCCAAAGACGAAACAGACCUGGGGAUCCAGGUGCCUCCCUAUGGCACACCAAUCUCCUCCAAGACCAUCAAACGAGCUGGGCCCUACAUUCUGGGACCCCUCAUAGGGACAUCCCCAGUCAAGAGCAUUGUCCAGUGUCUAGCCAGGAAAGAGGGCACUGACAAGUACUUCACGAUAAAAAUCCUCACCCUGAAGGACGAAAACGAGUACGAAACCCAGGAUGAUCGUCAAGGGAAGAUGCUGCUGCACGCUGAAUAUUCGUUACUGAGUCUUCUCCAGAAUCAGGACGGAGUGGUCCACCACCAUGGGUUCUUCAAGGACUCGGCAUUGGGGGAAAAAUUGACGUCUGGUGGUCGCAUCUACACUGGACGAAUCAAAAGAAGACUCUGUUUAGUUCUGGACUGUCUCACGUCUCACGACUUCAACCCCAGGAACGACGAGCUGCUGAAUCUCCAGCACCACGUCAUAAGGGAGAAGAAGCUCUCUGAGAAGGAGAGUCUCCUGAUAUUCGCUGACACCGUGAGAAUUGUUGCAGAACUGCACAAGAGGAAUGUGGUCCACAGAGACUUGAAGCUAGGGAACAUAGUGUUGAAUAGAAAAACGAGGAAAGUUACGAUAACGAAUUUCUGCCUGGGGAAGCACUUGGCUAGUGAGAAGGACCUGCUGAAGGACCAACGGGGGAGUCCAGCGUACAUAUCUCCAGAUGUACUCUGUGGGAAACCAUACCUGGGGAAGCCUUCGGACAUGUGGGCCCUUGGGGUCGUUCUCUUCACGAUGCUAUAUGGACAGUUUCCUUUUUACGACAGCAGUCCAACUCAAUUGUUCAAUAAAAUCAGGGCAGCUAAUUAUCAUAUUCCUAAUGAUGGGAGGGUGUCUGAGGGGACGACUAAUCUGAUAAGAGACCUGUUGGUCCUCCAGCCACACAGGAGACUGACUGCUGUUCAGGUUCUGGAGUCCCUGGGGCUCAUCAUAGAGACUUUUAAGGUGCAUGGGCCUAUUGGGGAGGAGGAACAGGUGGUGCCUGAUAUUUCUGAUCCCAAGGAGGACCCCUGCGAUAAGAAGACGGAGAUCAAUGACAGGAAGAAGCUGGAGUCCAGGCCUUUUGCUGAUUUGUUCAAGAAAGUCUCGUUUCAAGAGCAGAUGCAGCAGAUGAUGAAUCAACAGCAGAGUCCUCUGGCCCCCAGGGCUCGCCCCUUCGGGCAGAUCCCAGUUCACAGGGUUGAUUCUGACCCCAGGGAGCUGACACCAGCUGAGUUGGAGAAGUACAGCCAUCUGAUUCCUAGGGACAGUCAGAGGAGUCAUUCGCAUGGGCCCAGAAGGGAGGGCAUUCAUCUGAGGACUCGGUCAGGCAAUCGGUACAGAACUGCCUCUGGGUCUGCACCACCUCCUGUCAGGCAGAGUCAGAACCCUGGUCGUGGGAAUGCCAUUCAGAACCCCUCGAAUCCACCGGGUGCACAGGCACCUCAUGCGGUGGGACUGAACCCUGUGAAUUUGAAUAGUAGAGCUCCUGCUGUUGGGGCUUGGGCAGACUCUAGCUCCAGGGAUGGAGCCUCCACAUCUUCUUCUGUUGUGAUCACCAGUAGGGGGAGUGACAGGGGCCCUGAUAGGCUGCAUUCUAUGCUCAAUUCUGGUCACGAUGGAGGAAACUCUGGGGCCACUCCCAGUCAGAAUAGAACUGCCUCAGGUCGUCCUGGCUUACCGAUAAAUGCAGAUGUGUCUGUGUCACCGGCGUUUCUACCAGAGAGUCCAGCUCGUGCGCCAUCCAGGCCAGCCCCCGAGAGAUCGGAGAACCCUGCCUCAUUGUCAUUCAGGGAGAGGAACGCAGAGAUGGCGAGGAAUGCUCGAAUGUCAGAGCUUCGAGCUCGUUAUGACCGCGUCAGGAUGGCCAUGGCCAUUCGUGCGUGCCUAUUGAGUCGAAAUAAUCAGAGGACUGCUGAGCCUCCUAGACCUGUUGCCUUGUCCAACCGCUCUGUUCCUGACGUCGACACUCUAGCUCAACAGAGCAGGUUUAGGGAGGCUGUUCUGGAUCGUCUGGUAUCAUUCAGGGUGAGGAUGCAGCAGCACAGGAUCGAUAACAUCGAGAGGCAGAUGAAUGUCAUGACGAGCUUGGACAGGAGCACUGAGAGGAUGGAGAGGAUUCUUGUGGCCAGGGGGAGGGGCAGUUCGUCGGGUUGUCCAAGCCUGAGAAAUCUCAUUGCCAUUCAGAAUGGCUCGCGGGGGGGCUCCAGGGGUGAAGAGCACGACGGAAACUCUAAUUCUGUGAUACCUAGCGGUGAGGAGAGGAGGGCUGCGCAGAGGAGGGUUGAGAGGAGGAGUGAGUCCUCGGCUUUUCCUAAUUUUGCUAACGCCCUUCAGCAACUCGCGACGAGACUCACCAGGCCCUCACAGGGGCAUGAGGGCACUGGGGGCAGCAGGGUCGGCUGGCGGGGGAAUGAGGGGGGCAGUGAACGAAGCGGAGCGGCCGACAGGGGAAACUGAGGGUUCAUCUAAUUAUUUGUAGAUUAUACCAGGACCAGUGCCAAUUUUCUGACAGGGUUGGGGAACGUGAAAAUGAAUUCGAGGGAUUUACCCUUUUUUUAUUUGACUGAGCUUGUCUGGGGUCAGCUUCAUUUCUGAAGAGGAGGGGCACAAUCGAUUUUCAAAUAUUUCGGAGUUUUUAACUGGAUAUAGAAAGGAAUGAAUAUUCUGGAAUCGAGGGUUUAAUGGGGUCAGGAAUUUUUUUGCGGAUCGGGUGAAAUGUUCGGAAAUCUCGGUUUUAGAAUAUUUUCCUCUCGUGUUGAGGGUGAAUUGGGGAAUAUUGAUAAUUCAUUUGACGUCGUUGUUCUUUACGAUGUGUACAUUAUGUGAAAUUGACUUCAAUUCAAUUGUUGGGUUUAUUAGAAUGUAAUCCAGUUGGAGAACGUGAAAAUUAAGUCGAGGGUUUUAGUCUUUUUUUAUAUGUUUGGGUUUGUCUGGGGUCAGCUUCAUUUCUAAAAACGAGAGUGGGAAAAAUGGAUUUUCAAAUAUUUGAUAUUGUUGACUGGAAACACGAAGGAAUGAAUAUUCUGGAAUCGAGGAUGCUUCAUUGUGUCAGAAAUUUUUAUGUGAAUGAAGUGAGCAGCUCAGAAUUCUCGAUUUAAGAAUAUAUUCCUCUCGAGUUGAUGGGAUUGUUAAAUAUUGAUAAUUCAUUUGACGACGUUGUUCUUUACGAUUGCAUAAACCCGGGGGAUUCCAAACGAAAUAUAUGUGUACAUUAUGUGAAAUUGUGUUAAUUUAAUUGUGGGGUUUAUUAAGAUACAAUUCAUUCGUACUCAUACGAGGGCCAGUGUCAAUUUUUGUUGUGGGACGUGAGAAUGAAUUCAGGGGAUUUUAUUGACUGUUUUUCAAUUCGAUUGCUUCUGUGAUUGUGGUCAGUUUUAUUUCGAAAAGGCUGGGAGGGUGGGGCAGUAUGGAAUUUUUAAUCAAUACUUUUUUAACUAAACCAAGGGAAGAAUAUUCUCGAAUCGAAAAUGUUCAAUUUUUUCACGAAUCUGCAUGUCUAUGAAGUGAGACUUUCCAAAAUCUUGAUUGAAGAAUAUUUUUCUCUCGAGGUGAGAGGGAAUUGUUAAAUAUUGAUAAUUCGUUUCACGACAUCGUGCGUUACAAUUGUUCAAAAAAUAUUGUGUGUACAUUAUGUGACAUUGAUUUCAAUUUGAUUGUGGGAUUUAUCGUAAUAUGAUCCAGUGGAGAUAACAAAAUCCAUUUGUCCUUCGGUACAUUGUGUUUAUUCGUUGUUAAAAAUGAAUUUACGGGUUUAGCAGUGACAAAGUGUUAAUUGCAUAUUUGACUUGACUUGAUUUAUUUCUAGUUAUUAUAAGAAAUUGAGCGUUAGGAGUUGAUGAAUGCUCAUAACUGUUGGGGGUUUCAAUUACUUGACAAUAAAUAUCAAUGUCAAAAUGAAA